GCUCCUUCCCCGCGUGGUCCGGGCCAGGUGGACUGGACGCCGCGGAGCUAACCACAGCGGCAGUGCAGGCGGCCCCCGGUCCCCCACCCCUUCCACGCAGCGCUCGCGACAAGUGCGCAGGGGAGGGCGGGCGCGUGCGGCGGGGCCAGUUCCGUUCCGAGCCCGGGCACCGCCGCCUGCUUCUCUGGAAGCGCCUGGGAGCCCCGCGGCGCGGAGUCCGAAGACGGCCACCAUGGAGGCGCAGGCACAAGGUUUGUUGGAGACUGAACCAUUGCAAGGACGAGAUGAAGACACGGUAGCAAGUGCUGACUUCUCUAGCAUGCUGUCUCAGGAGGAAAGAGAAGAGUUAAAGGCAGAAUUAGUUCAGCUCGAAGACGAAAUCACAACAUUACGGCAAGUUUUAUCAGCGAAAGAAAGGCAUCUGGUUGAGAUAAAGCAAAAACUCGGCAUGAACCUGAUGAAUGAAUUGAAGCAGAAUUUCAGCAGAAGCUGGCACGACAUGCAGACCUCGACUGCCUACAAGAAAACACACGAAACCCUGAGUCACGCAGGGCAGAAGGCAACUGCAGCUUUCAGCAACGUGGGGACGGCCAUCAGCAAGAAGUUUGGAGAUAUGAGGUCUCACUCCAUCGGCUACUCCAUUCGCCAUUCCAUAAGUAUGCCUGCUAUGAGGAAUUCUCCUACUUUCAAAUCAUUUGAGGAGAGGGUUGAGACAACUGUCACAAGCCUUAAGGAAGCACUGACGAAAGUAGGCGGGGCGAACCACGGCGGAGGCAGCUUCGAGGAGGUGCUCAGCUCCACGGCGCACGCCAGCGCGCAGAGCUCAGGGGGCGGGCCCCGGCGGGCCGAGGAGGAGGAGUUGCAGUGCUAGGCCCGCCCCCUGCGGCCGCCGCGGAGCCCCGGCCCCGCCCAGCGUGCAGGGGGCUGGGCCGACCAAAAUCCCGCCCGGAAAAGCCCGCGCCUUGAUGUUCUUCAAAUGGCCUCUCCACGGGGUUUAAUAAAAUGAUUUCCAUUUUGUAUUUGUGUUAAUGAUAAACCACGUGACCAUCACAGUCAGUAUCCGUAGAUUGUCAUAAUUUAAAAUGUCCCCACUCGAGCAGGUGGGGACAACAAUUGGUCAUUACCCUUGUCUUUGUGUAAUAAUUCAGCGUAUACUUUCCAAUCUUGUAGCUAUUAAUGAUCGGUUUUGGUUUUCGCUUGGAUUCCUUUAUGAUGUGCAUGUCUUUGAAGGCUUAGAGUGAACCCUUCCAGUUCGGUCAGGUGGGUGGGAUGGAGUUUCUUCUGACCUUCUUCAGCAACCCCCUGGGCUCACUGCAAAUUUCAUCAAACUGCUUGUGAUCGCCCUCACUUGCAUCAAUUAUGUAUGUUUGUUUAAGCAAUUAAAAUAAUCGGUUUUAAUGAA